AUGAAAGCAUUCGCUGCCGCCUACCUUCUCGCUAUCUUUCUUGUUGCUCUCCCCGUCCUGAGCGCGCCUCUCCCCGAGAUUGCAGACUCGAACGCCGUGCUGCUGAAGAGGGAACCCUCUGCUGUCCAUGCCCACGGCCAGCACACAAUCCAAGUUACUGCAGGUGAAAAAGUGAAAGUCGAACCCUCGACCAAGAAUGUAGAGCACCCUCAGGCAGAGACAGACCCCAAGCCAGAGGCCAAGGCGCCUGCAAAGCGUUCAAAUCUAUUUUCUAGAGAUGACAAUAUGCUCGAGAGACGGAAUUUCUUGAGCAAGGCAUUCCAUUUUGCAAAGGGAUUGAUAGGACUUUAG